AAGAGGUUAACAUUUAAAAAUGAAAAUGUAAACAGACGCGCACGGACUUCUACUGGCGAAUAAAAAAAUAAUCAAGAAUUUGCGUUUUGGGUCUUCUGUGAUGGAGUGACCAAAGGCAGGUGGUCAAGAUGAUGGGAGAUCAACUAAUCCUAGAAGAGGAUUAUGAUGAGAAUUAUAACCCCACAGAAGGAGAGAUUGUUGAAUAUGCCACCACAGUGAUAGGCAUAGACCCAGACACAGAACCUCAUUUGAUGUGGAUUGCUAGGGAAGGCAUCAGUGCACCACUACCAGCUGAUUGGAAACCAUGUCAAGACACAUCUGGAGGGGACAUCUACUAUUUCAACUUCACCAGCGGUGAGAGUACCUGGGACCACCCUUGUGAUGAGUUCUACCGGAAGAUGGUCCAGGAGGAGAGGGAUAAACCCAAAGCCACAGGAGGGGCGUCGACUGGAAAGAAGGAGGGGAAAAAGAAGAAGGAAAAGAAGGAGAAGAAAGAUGGAGGAAAGAAGAAUCAAGGCCUAUCUUCCUCUCUUGGUCCCCUAAAGGACAGUGCUUUAGGAUCCCCCCUUGGCAGUCUGAAAGGCACAGGUCAUCUUAGUACUCUAGGGAUAGGGACACUCCAAGAUCCAGGAAGCACACUAGGUUCUACAGCAGGGGUAAGUGGGAAAGGCACAGGUCAUCUUAGUACUCUAGGCAUAGGGACAGUCCAAGAUCCAGGAAGCACACUAGGUUCUACAGCAGGGGUAAGUGGGAAAGGCACAGGUCAUCUUAGUACUCUAGGGAUAGGGACAGUCCAAGAUCCAGGAAGCACACUAGGUUCUACAGCAGGGUAAGUCUGAAAGGCACAGGUCAUCUUAGUACACUAGGGAUAGGGACACUCCAAGAUCCAGGAAGCACACUAGGUUCUACAGCAGGGGUAAGUCUGAAAGACACAGGUCAUCUUAGUACUCUAGGGAUAGGGACA